AUGUUUUCAAUUAAAAGAACUAGUACGUUAGCUAAAUCUGUAAGGUUUAAUAGUCUUAGUACUAGAAGAGUACAAAGAUUUAACUAUUUCAAUUUUGCAAUUGGUACUUCUUUCAUUUUUGGGUUGGGGUAUUAUUUACAUCAACAAAAUUUGAUUCAUAAUGAAGAACAACAAAAAUUAACAAUUGCUCCUUCUGUUUUACCAUUAUCUAAAUUAUAUCCUCCUAAAUAUUGUGAUGAAGAACAAUUCAAGGAAGGGUUAGCUAAAAUUGUUGAAAUUGUCGGUAAAGAAAAUGUGAAUUCGGAUUCGGAAGUUUUGGCUCAAUACAAUGAUUCUUUUUAUUCUACUCAUCAUCCACCAGAUCCAAAUAAACAAAGACCAAGUGCGGUUGUCAAACCAGGUUCUACUGAGGAAGUGUCCAAGAUUAUGAAGAUUGCAAAUGCUUACGCAAUUCCAAUUGUCGCAAAUUCGGGUUUAACUUCAAUUGAAGGUCAAUUUAUUAAUACUCAAGGUCCAUUAUCAAUCUCCGUUUCGUUUGCAAGAAUGGAUAACAUUAUCGAAUUACAUCCUGAAGAUUUAGAUGUUGUUGUACAACCUGGUGUAGGUUGGCAAGAUUUAGAUGCAUAUUUACAAGACUCUGAAGAAGGUUCACAUUUAAUGUUUGGUCCAGAUCCAGGUCCAGGAGCUUGUAUAGGUGGUAUGAUAGGUACUAGUUGCUCGGGUACUAACGCCUACAAGUAUGGAACAUGCAAGGAAUCGAUUAUCAAUCUUACUGUUGUUUUAGCCGAUGGCACAAUUGUCAAAACUAAACAAAGAUCAAGAAAAUCAUCUGCUGGUUAUGAUAUGACUCAUUUAUUCAUUGGAAGUGAAGGUACUUUAGGUUUAGUCACUGAAGCUACUUUAAAAUUACUGGUUAGACCAAAGAAAGAAUUAGUUUGUAUUGCUUCAUUUCCAACAAUUAGAGAUGCUACAAAUGUUGCUUCAAAAGUUAUUUCACAAGGUAUUCAACCAAAUGCUAUGGAAAUAUUAGAUGAUAGAAUGAUUUCAUUUGUUAAUAAAACUUCAGAUACAAAUUUACCUGAAAAGCCAACUUUAUUUUUCAAAAUUGGUGGUCCCUCAAAAGUUGUAAUUGAUGAACAAAUAAAUACAAUUGAAAAUUUAACUAAGGAAAACAAAGUUGUUGAAUUCAAAAGAUCUACUGAUGAAGAUGAAAAUUUAUUAUUAUGGCAAGCUAGAAAAACUGGAUUUUGGUCAAGUUUCGAAUAUGGUAAAACUAUAUUGAAAGAUAAAGAUGAUGUUCAAGGUUGGGGUACUGAUAUUGCGGUUCCAGUUUCAAAAUUACCUGAUAUGAUAAGUGAUACUAAUGAUGAUUUAUUAAAAUCUGGUUUUAAAGAUCGAUUUGCAGUCAUGGGUCAUAUUGGUGAUGGUAAUUGUCAUUUUAUAAUUUUGUAUAAUACUCCAGAUUACCAUAAAGUUCAACAAGCAGUAGAUAGAAUGGUUUUUAAAGCUAUCGAUUAUGAAGGUACUUGUACUGGUGAACAUGGUGUCGGUGUUGGAAAAAGAAGAUAUCUUGUUAAAGAAUUAGGACAAUCUACUAUUGAUUUAGAAAGACAAAUUAAAUUAGCAUUAGAUCCAAAAAGAAUUUUGAAUCCUGAUAAAAUAUUCAAAAUUGAUCCUAAUGAUACUUUAGAAAAACAAUUAGAAGGUGGAAAAUUACAUGAUUCACAAACUGCAGCACAUUUACAUUAA